AUGAGACAGCUAGACUGUAAACAGAAGGUAGAGUGCUGCUUGUGAAGAGUGAUUCAAAAGAAUUACUUCACUGGCACUGAAAGAUGAUAGUUAUACAUGUCAUUUCAGUUAUGGUGCUUUGUGUAACAUGCUUAGUAUGUGGCAGGGAGAAAAUUGAGCGAAUUAAGCAAUGUGGACACCAAUGUGCUCCGGGACUGGAAUGCACAGUGAAGGCAGUAUCUGAAAUUGGUUUAUGUCGAAGACUCCCAACGUCAUUUUCUAAUCCUCUUAAAAGUGCUGAUAUCUCGACAGUGAUGAAAUGUGACAGGGAAAGGCAUUGCUCCCUGUAUCUAAAGGUUGUUGCAUCUGUGGAACUUAAUGAUAAACUCAGAGGAGUUGAAAUGUGUACUGUUUCAUCUCAUACUUCUAAGCAGCAGUGUACAGCAAUCAAAUUUCGUAACACUUUAGGAGGGAAUCAUCAAGAUCGACAGGUAUAUGUGCAGUUCAACUGCUUUGAAGUUGGAGUUGCUCAACGGCUUCUUGUUACAAUUAGAACUCUUCCAGAUUAUUGUGGCACUGCACUUUUUCAGGAGUAUGCAGUCCAAGAUUGUCAGAAUGCUGACAUAAGGAGAAAUGUCCCAAUAUGUAUUGCUGGAAAACUAAAUUAUGCUGUUGAUGAAAAGAGAAAAUUGUUGUCAGUUCAAGUGUCUGAAUUUCUUGAAGAUUACGACUAUCAUUUAAGAUUAUGUCACAAGUGGUAUUCAUGUGAAAGUACUGGGUCUUAUGUCAAGAUUGACAGAGAAGACCUGGUGAACAAUGUUUCUUUGUCAUAUUCCCGAUUAUUGCCCUGUUUGUGUAUUGAGGGAUGGUCUUCAAUUCCCGAUGCCAGCAGAAUGCAACUUUGCCCAUUUAAAAACUAUACUGAAGAGCUCUGGAACGGGAUUACCUACAAUUCUGAACAUCGGCAACUGUUGUGGGAAUUGAAGUGUCCUGUGGAUGUGUCAGUGAAUCUCUGCUGGCAAACAGAGCAAAGAAACUCCUGUGUUGAUCUCUCGAACUCAUCACAAAAAGUGUACAAAGUUGUCCAAUACAGUGAUGUUGAGCCUCACCCACGACUCUGCAUGAAGUUUACUACAGGAAUCUCCUCAUCGAUAAGAUGCCCUUUUGCUAUAAGACACGAUAAAGUGUGGAACAUGAAUUUGAAUUCAGCUUCUGACCAGCAGAGCCUCAUUAUCUCUUCACAAAUCAAUGCUAUGAUUUCUCUGACACUUUGCAAUAUGAGUACAUUUUCUACAGGUUUAUGCAGUCCAAUUGGAGAUGAACUCACUAUGUUACAUAUAGGCUCAUCAGAACAAAUAAUUGUAAACUUACCAAAAGAAGCAUGCCAUCCAAAUAUUUGUGUGCAGGGAAGGAGAACAGAUGUUAAGUAUUCUAUACCUGUUCUGAAGUGUGGACUGCAGUGCCCAUUCAAAAAUGAUAAAAUGACAAUUUUCUGGAUACUGACAGUUUCAUUGGUGGUGCUGUCUUUGCUAAUUGUGGCAACCCUUAUGGGACAUGUACUACUAACAGUGUUCCAUCAGAGAAAAGGACAUAUACUUAACAAACAAGAAAAAAUACAACUUUUCAAACCAAACACAGUUUAUUUUUGAAGAAACAAUGACCUCCUUUGAAACUGCAGUGGUAAAUAAAAGAGUUUGGCUUCCCCAGCUGUGUAAAGUCUAAGAAAGUAAAGUGAAAACGAGGAUGGAUGAAACACCAUAAGACAUUUCAGCAUCCAAAGCUUAGAAGAUCAUAUAUUCUAACAUACAGUAGAAUGCAGAGUAUAUUUUAUUAGCUUGUGUCUAGGUUUAAAUUUCAAUCGGUUGUCUGCCAGGUCUUGAUGCACUUUAACUAAUAAGAAGACCAGAUGCAAAUGAGUUUUCAUCACACCGCUAAUGGGUGACAUUUUUCCAUUAUAUGACUCAGAGCUACUUUACUUAGUCCAUGGGAGUCUGUAAAUAUUGCUUUGCAAUAAACAUUUUAAGAUUCUUUUCUCUAGUUGUAAAUUAAAUCCUUGCUUAGUUUGCCUCUUUGUUACACACUCUCCUUUUAGGAUUAACCUGUAGUAUGAACCUUAGCAAAGAUGGGCACUAAUGUUGUGACACAUUGAUUCAUGAACUGGAUCUUUAUUACUUACAGUAACUGUGUCAUUUGUUUUUAGCUUUGAUUUGUUUUCCUUUCAGUUUGGUCUGAGUAAGUUGCACUAUGCAGCAUGGAAUGAGUGACUUCUCUGUAGAGUUUAUGUGAGCACAUGUCUGUAUGUUAUGGUCAAACGUGUCCGUCUGAUUAUUAAAAAAGAGAAUGUGCAACAGACAGAUAUCAACGAUAGAAUAUAAGUGUCUUUGUAAACUACAAAAUUCCAUAUAUUUAGGAUCAUUAAUGUAAGCUGCAAAACUGGGAUAGAGAAAGUCAAAAUUAAUGUCUCAAAGUUGUUGAUUGCAAUGGAAAAUUAUUUCCUGGGUUUUUCUCCCUCCUUGCAAUAUUAGAUUGUGUAUCUUGCUUGUGUUUGGGAGCAAAAUAGUUCUGAAGUUUUAAGUGUUUAUGUAGAGUAUGAUGCAGAUAAUAUAAAAGGGUAUGCUCUUAAAGGCUAAUAUUAUAUGGCUUUCUUUCUUUAUUUAAUUUGUUCAUCUUGUAGUUUGUCUCUAAGAGUAAUCAAUUAUUUAUAUUCUGUCAACCCACACAGCCCCCUGUUAAAGUAGCCUUGAAGCUACAUUGGACAUUAACCCAAAUAAUUAUUGUAUGAAAAUGAGUGUGCUAUCCACUUUGUUUACACAAUAUUUAAUUUCUGUUUGUAUUUUUUUAUUUUUGUGUAUUUAUGUGAAUGGUUACUUGCAAAUGAGAGAUGUAAGCUGCAAAAAAUGUUGACAUAUCUGGCCACCUGAUAAGCAUACUAUAACUUGUUACAC